AUGACUCCACCAACUUUUAGCAUCACAAAACCCAAAAGACAAAAGCUAGAUGCGUUCAUUAGAGACCCGAACUAUAGGUCAAUUGGAAAAAAUGACGCUGCAUAUGGAGAAAUCUCUAAAGCCCUUGACACGUCUAGAAAUGGAACCAAGGGUUACAAAGAGAAAAAUAAUUUGCCAAGUUCUCGCUCAGCAGCUCGCGAUCCAGGGUUGAUCGAAAAACAAAAGGAAAUCAAGUUGAAAUGGUGCCUUGACAAAGUGAAAUUGGACUGUUGGGCAGCGGAAAUCGGUUGCCUGGUCAGACGAGUCCAAAUUCAUGGAAAAAUCGAUCAAGACAAGUACAUCGACUGUUUGGCACAGUACUUUCUUCCCUGGUAUGAAGAACUAUCCAGAGAUAAUAACAAGCAGAUUUUGUUUCAAGAGGGAUGGUGCACCAUGCCACACGGGCGCUUAUGCCACAUGAGCACAAGUAACGAAUGUGGAAGAGCUUUAAGCAAUAAUCCACAAGACAUGGUUGGAGAUACCACUUUAAGUUCUGGAAACUUUGGUAGCCAGCAUGCCAGAUAG